AUGGCUGCCACAACAUGGAUCCUCUCAUCUCCUCUGCCUACUGCAAUCCAACUUGACAUUGCUCAAUCUUUUUGGUGCAGCACAGAUAAUAACUUGGAGUCUUUCUUCAUCUACUAUACUGACCAAUGCAAGAUUGUUUACUAUGCCUUCGAUUGCAAGAUUCCUCUCAAGACACACGACGAGAUCACAUUUAUCGCGAAGCUCCUACGCAAGGAUCUCUCCCGUUCAUACUUCCUUGACUUGCUUCAAACCCGCAGCCCUGGCUACAAUGUGGAGGCCGUGGGCGGUGCUAUAGAUCUGGUGGUCCGCUUGAUGACAAUGAUGGACGUUGGUCGGUUUCCGCCUACGUCGUUCAGUGGCCGCCAUAGCAUUACCUGGGAUAAUGGCACACUCAAAGACUUUCUCCAUGAAAAACUCCCGAAACAAACUCGGAGAAGCCAUGACGGUAUCAGGCUCGACACUUCAUUAACAGUCAGGCAUCUGGAUCGGAUAGGCGGCCUCAGUGUCAAGCUGACAACGAACCUGGCCGACCAUCUGUUACUACGCCCAGAGAAGGACGAGGUUUUCGUAUUCCACCACGCAUCGUUCCUUCUGAGUCAGAAAGGUGAUCUAUUUCCUGCUGGUCUCGUGGAAGAAACACUUAGCACCCUGGCACUACUCUUCCCCAAGGGUGACGUGGAAGUGCAGAAGUGGUACGACAGGCAGGGAAAUGACAACUUGCUGGACAGGGCUGUACUCUCUUGUGAUCAGAGACAUCGCGACAUCGAAGACUUUCAAUAUUGGCAUGACCCCCUUGUGACACUCUUGCAGAGGUUUGAGCAUCCUCGACAUAUCAACUUGAGAAGAGCCUGGUUUGAUAGGCGAGAUGGUGCUCACUGGUAUUCUCUCUGGGCGGCUAUCACACUUACCGUCUUCUUUGGGCUGCUGCAGAGCAUCGAAGGGGGAAUUCAAACAUAUCGAUCAUACAUGUCUAACUGA